GUAGCCCUGAUCCUGUUGGCCUUUAAAUGGGCCUUGAAGACCUGGCUCCCCCCACCCCCGGCCCUGGGUUAGGUACAGUAUAGGUUCCCUGAGUGAGGUUGUGUUGAAGUAUGCUUGUUUCCUGGUUAUAACCAUCUUUUAUCUGUUCUGUUGUAACUGGAUUUUGUUUUUAACAUAUACACCACCCAGAGUCAUGACUUGGGCAACCUUAUAAAUUAGACAGACUGACAGACAUGGAUCAGUUGAUCUGGGGCUCUUGGAAUGCCCCCUAUUUUCUGACCUUCCCACCCCAAUGUUGUAGCAGAUUGCAUAAGAACAAUUUCUUUAAAGUUUUAAGGGCCAAAGAUGAAUUCGAAAGCAUAGGUGAUCAUCACCGGGAAACCUCAAACAGUUCCCACAGACUGUUUUUUUUUUUUUGCAAGUCUGGACUUGUCUGCCUUGCAUGAUGAAGUGAUCAGGUGAACAGUCAUGAGUCAUUGGGACUUGAACCCUCCCUAGCUGGCCUGCAGUUCCUCUUUUUCUUCCUUCUCUCUUUCUAGGCAGCAAUUCUCUUUUUCAGGAGUGGCCAUCCUCAGGCCAAAGACUGCAUCUGACUCCCAAACACAUUUUCAUGACUACUGUACUGGAGUAUCCUCAGUUAGCAGUUGCUGAGAAUCAGUGUUGCAGUUUCCUUGCAUUUUUGAGGCAGGAGUACACAUUGUAGGGUGGGACCUAAAGUAAGCUUAACAUAGUUCCUUAAAACACAUAGACACAUGGACAUUUCCCACCCAUUCCAAACCCAAGGAAUCAGAAGAAGAAGAUUAUGGCAUAGCCCCAUCCACUUGAUACAACACUACCUUCGUUGCAAUCUUCACCUUCCCCUGAAUUCUUAAGUGUAACUCCCAUCCAUCAAAAGGUUGCACGCCGCCUUUUCCACGCCAUCCAAAAGACAUCUAUUCCCUUAGGAGGAGAGUCAGCCUCAAUGGUGCAAUGCCUUCCUGGUCUUUGGAGGAUAUCCUGCUGGCAGACUACCAUUGAGAGCAUGCAGAGGCCCAGGGAGCACCAGUGGAGCAGGUGUGUGACGGCGUGGGGGCUGCUCUAACAGCUGGGCGUGCUACAAUAUGGGCCAGUGCGUCACCAAGUGCAAGAAUCCUUCUUCCACUCUGGGCAGCAAAAAUGGCGAUCGGGAGGCUCACAGCAAAGCUCACGGGAAGCGGAGCACAAAUCACAAGGAGGAAUUCAACCUGGUUGUCAGGAAACCCUCUGGGGAUAUUCUGGUCAACGGGACAAAGAAGGUGGAAGCUGCUCUAGAAUCCAGCCAGCCUCCAACUUCCUCUGGAGAUGCCAGGAAAGAGCCGAUCUCGGGCACAGAGGAAUCGUUCCUCCACAGAACUGAGGAAUUGUUUAGGAGGUACAAGGAUGAACGAGAAGAUGCCAUAUUGGAGGAAGGCAUGGAGCGUUUUUGCAAUGACCUCUGUGUUGACCCCACUGAGUUCAAAGUGCUUGUCCUGGCUUGGAAAUUCCAAGCAGCUACCAUGUGCAAAUUCACCAGGAUGGAGUUCUUUGAGGGUUGUAAAGCAAUAAAUGCAGACAGCAUCGAUGGGAUUUGUGCCCGGUUCCCCAGCCUCUUAAACGAAGCUAAACAAGAGGAUAAGUUCAAAGAUCUCUACCGUUUCACUUUCCAAUUCGGCCUGGACUCCGACGAGGGCCAGAGGUCGCUGCACCGGGAAAUAGCCAUUGCUCUCUGGAAGCUGGUUUUCACCCAGAACAAGCCUCCAAUUUUGGACCAGUGGUUACACUUCUUGAAUGAGAACCCCUCAGGAAUCAAGGGAAUCUCACGGGACACGUGGAACAUGUUCCUUAAUUUUACUCAGGUCAUUGGGCCGGACCUCAGCAACUAUAGCGAGGACGAGGCUUGGCCCAGUCUCUUUGACACUUUUGUGGAAUGGGAAAUGGAGCGGCGGAGGAAGGGGGAGGAGGAGGAGGAGGAGGAGGACCCCACGCGCUUGGAGGAUUUACAGACAGCGUCCCUGUGUACAGACCAUCACACUGCAUAACAUUUUAAAGCAGCCGCCGCGACAGUUGUCCCCCGUUAAACCCUUCAUGGCCCAUAAGCUCAGAACUCAUCUGGAAUUUACAGACUUCUCCAGAUUUUUCUACUUUACACCUUUCUCUGCCUUGUAUUUUGAAAGGGCUUUAAAAUGCUGUAUCCAUAUUUUAGGCACUUUCUUUAAAAAUUGGGUUAUUCCUGUUUCUUCUUUCCUUGAAAUGUUUAACCCUCCCUCUGGUUGCAAGUUAAAUGAUUUUUUUCCCCCAUGGUUUCAGAUUGGUAUACAUCUUGCCGCAGGUUACGCAACUUUAAAAGGAAAAUCCCUUUUUUUUUUUUUUU